UUUCUUGUAGGGUGUAACAACAAGCCUGCCGACAUCUUCUUCAUUGUGGACAAAUCCUCCAGUCUCGGAAGCGUGGCAAACUUCGACAAGGAGCUCUCCUUUAUUGCCAGAUUCGUGGAGGGGUUUAACAUUGGACAGGGUGCCCAGGAUGUGAGGGUGGGCGUUAUAUCCUUCAGCACGGACGCCCAGCUAGAAUUUGGACUCUCUGCUCACAACGACAAAAGGAGCUUACAAGACGCACUGCUUAAUAUCAGAUUCUCACUUGGAAAUACGUAUACUCAUAAGGCGUUUGAAAUUUUACUAAAUCAGGGAUUUUCUGCCUCCCCACGCCCCCUUACGGUACCUCGUGUGGGUGUGAUUAUGACAGAUGGGCAGUCCACGAAUCCAUAUAAACUAGACGACGUCCUAAAGCUGGUCAAACUCAGAGGAAUAGAAAUAUUCUCUAUUGGUUUUGGAAGCGUGGACAUUCCCGAGCUAAACAAGAUGGCGACAGUUCCGGACCACACUCACGUGUUUGUCGUGGAUGAUAUUCACACGCUCGACACCGUGCGGGACGAAUUAUAUCUGACGAUCUGCAAUCUGAUUGGACAGUCCUAACAC